CUCAGUGCAAAUUUGUUUGGCUUUGCCCAACUGUGCGUGGCUUUUCCCAGUCGCUCGGCCGGCCGCUCCCAUUCGCCGCUAAUGCGUCGCUAAUUAGCUGCUGCUGGUUGGGAAAAUGCGUGGGUGCCUUGGGAAAUUCAGCCCUCUGCUGACCGAUUUCAUUUGAACUCGCCAUGGUGAACGAUGACGAAGCCGCGGCCCAAAGUUCUGGCAAGCCCACAGGCUACAACUUCUACCGCUCCUGCUUGGGAUCCCCGCGCUAUGUUGUGGCGCCCAUGGUGGACCAGAGCGAGCUGGCCUGGCGUAUGCUGUGCCGGCGGUAUGGCGCCGAGCUCUGCUACUCGCCCAUGUACCAUGCGAACCUCUUCGCCACAGAUCCCAAGUAUCGCAAGGAUGCCCUGCAGACGUGUCCCGAGGACAGGCCACUGAUCAUCCAGUUCUGUGGCAACGAUGCUCAGCAAAUCCUGGACGCAGCCCUCCUGGCGCAGGACCACUGCGAUGCGGUGGACAUCAACUUGGGCUGUCCCCAGGCCAUUGCCAAGAGGGGUCACUACGGGUCAUUUCUGCAGGACGAGUGGGAGCUACUGACGGAGAUUGUGAGUACGCUGCACACAAAACUAGCCAUUCCUGUGACCUGCAAGAUUCGCAUCUUCGAGGACCUCGAGAAGACCAUUAGGUAUGCCAAGAUGCUGGAGGCCGCCGGCUGCCAGCUCCUCACUGUCCACGGCAGGACGAGAGAGCAGAAGGGUCCACUGACCGGGGUGGCCGAUUGGAACUACAUCAAGAGUGUGCGGCAGCACGUCAAGAUUCCAAUGCUGGCCAACGGAAACAUCCUGGGCCUGGAGGACGUGCACCGUUGCCUCGCCGAAACGGGAGUCGAUGGCGUAAUGAGCGCCGAGGGCAAUCUGCACAAUCCGGCCAUCUUCCAAGGAGUCUCACCGCCCGUCUGGCAAAUGGCCCAUGAGUACUUGGAGCUCGUUCAGCUCCAUCCGUGUCCGAGUUCCUUCAUACGAGGACAUCUCUUCAAGCUCUUCCACCACAUUAUGAAUAUCCGGCAGAACUCCGAGCUACGGCAGUACCUGGCCACUGCAAACCAGCUAGUGCAAUUCCAAAACGUCGUGCAACAGGUGCGGGCGAAAUACGAACCGUUCCACAAGGGCGAAGUGCCAUACGAGCCCGAGCAAAUGGCCGCUGGAUCAGAGGAAGACCUGCCCCUUUCUCCCUGGCUGUGUCAGCCUUACAUACGCGCCUCACCCGAGUCCCAUCGCCAGAAGAUUGCCGAGAAGGUGCGCGAGGCUGAGGAUCCCAACAGAGCCAAGCGGCAGUACUUCGACAAGGACGGCAAGGAGAUCUCCCGCAAGCGGAUGAAGAAACUGCGGAGGCGCCAGCGGAGACCCAACAAAGCGGACGCCCAGAUCCAGCAUCGGCACGAGCGGCGCCUGGAAUACUGCUCGGAGUGCGCCAAUCCCCAGGGAUCCAAGUGCGAGUUCCAGUUGUGCCGCGUGUGCUGCAAGGACAGGUGCUACAACAACGACCGCGACUGUCCUGGCCACGGCAUCCUGAUCAAAUCCCGCCGAGCCAAGGCCAAGCUAUUCGAGGAUGGUCAAGCGCUGCAGGAUGAGCACGACGUGUCCAGAAACUCGGACGACGACCUGACGAUAGCCCUCGCCGAUGCGCGGGAACCGCUCUGACCUUAAAGCUGCACUUUAUGAAACACCUCCCUUGUUUUUGUUUCAUGACUGCGAAUAGAAAUAAAUAAAUGAAUAGCUUGUUUCAAGAA